GUACGUAUGUUAUUCCGCAUAGUAGAUUUGGAGGACUCAGCCAGGCGCGAUCUCGACGUAACAGUCGCUUGCUCAUUUGUUCUUUCUCAGUUCUUCGACAGACCGUUACCAUAGCCUACUUCGUGUGACCGCUUCAACAGUUUCCAGCAAAACAAUGAAAUUACAGUUAAUACUUUCGUUUGUUUUAACAAUAGUUUGUGUGUUGGCCCAACACGAAAACCACAACCAUGAGGAUCAAAGGGUUAACGUAUCAGUCUACUAUGAAUCAUUAUGCCCCGAUUCAAGGAAGUUUUUCACCCUUCAACUGUAUCCAUCACUUCAAGGAAAUCUCUCCAGUUUUGUUAACCUUACUUUGGUUCCGUAUGGGAAAUCUAAGGCCACAUUUGAUAUCAACGAAUGGCGUUUCGAGUGUCAUCAUGGAGAACAGGAAUGUCAAGGAAACAAAAUUCAAGCUUGCGCCCUGAAGCACAUUGACAAUGGGCUAAACACCCCCGGUUACGGAUUCAAUAAAAUCAGCCUUGCAUUCAUCAACUGUCUCAUGGACAAGGCCGACAAAAACGCCAAAGUAGUCUUCCCAACCAAAGAGUGCGCCACCUAUAACCCCGUCAAUAAUCUUGGUGAAAUUGAAAAUUGCGCCAAUCAUACAUCUGCUUCAAAUUAUCUAGCCAUGUUCGGAAAGCUCACGGAUCAAGUUCAAAAUCCGUUGAAAUCAGUACCGACUAUAGUUUUCAACAACCAGUACAAACAAGCAGAUUCCGACUUAGCCCAAACCAACUUUGUCAAAGCUCUAUGCCAAUAUAUCAAGGGGGAAAAGCCCGCCGAGUGUACAAGAAAUGGCGGCGAAAGUCUGAAAAUUUGUAUAGGCUUUUUGUCCAUGUUGGCAGUAUUAUGGAAUAUCCAGUAGAUGUUAGAAAUCAGAUUGAUUUACUGGUUUCUCUAGAUAUUUUGGAAGAAAUGUUUGACUAUUCAGGGGAUAGUAUGUAAAAUAAAUAUUAAAAUAGAUGUAUUUUUGAUUGGGAAAACAAUGUACUUAGAUUAUGGUUUCAACCGUACCACCUUUAUCUCCUCCCCUGAAUGGGAGGAUCAGUUUCUAAUUGCUCCAGCGUCCAAUCAGCAAAAACACAACGACGUGUGUUGUUUUACAAAAAAAAAUACAUAUUUAAGCGUAAUCCAUUUUGUGAUUCACCUUGUACCUUCAUAUUGAGCAUAUGCCUUGAAUGUAUUGUCAUUAAUAUAUCGUAACGCCUUA